CUCGAACUCUGGAAACCUGUCCCACGCACAACGGCGAACAGGACUGUUGAGCUGAGAUCCGCACGCUGGUCGAGGCAUUUCUCGAAAACUCUUCAGCACCAUGGCCGCAAUCAACGGCACUAACGGCACCACGAAAACUCCACUUGUAGACGCGCUCUUCUCCCCAGGCCUCAUCUCGCCGCAAGUCACAUCCGCAUUGCCUGAAGGGUACUCGAUACGACCCUUGCAAAGAAGCGAUUUCGACUGUGGCUUCCUGGACGUAUUGCGAGUGCUUACACAAGUCGGCGACGUGACCAAGGAAGAGUUUGAAAAGAGAUUCGACGAGAUGAGGGCGGGUGCAGGAGGAUACCAUAUCCUGGUGAUCUUGGAUGGAGAGAAAAAGAUUGUCGGCACAGGUGCUCUCAUCGUGGAGCGGAAAUUUAUACACCACCUUGGUCUAGUCGGCCACAUCGAGGACAUUGCGGUCGCAAAAGACCAGCAAGGAAAGAAGCUUGGGCUGAGAAUCAUCCAAGCAUUGGAUUAUCUCGCAGAGAAAGUCGGGUGCUACAAGACGAUUUUGGACUGCUCGGAAGCAAAUGAAGGCUUCUACGUAAAAUGUGGAUAUAAGAGAGCAGGUCUCGAGAUGGCUCACUACUACAAUCGAUCAUGAUCGGUGCGGGUUAGGAGACAGCUUCUGAAGGAUGUUAGAUGUAUAUCAUUAGUUUGAUUGCUAGUGCUGUGCUUUGGAGCGCAUGGCUCGGAACCGCAGAAAGAUUAUCGGAAACGGCACAGCGUUGUUGGCUGGCUUCAUUGGAGUGGCGCGAUAGAGACGCAUGUGCAUCCAAAUAGAUCAGAUG